CCCCAAGCAGAGUCACAUCUGGGCGGAGCGCGGUGGGCGUCGGAGACUAGAGAUGCAGCUCUCCAGCCCUGGCUGGCGCGAUGGGGCGCCGGACAGACUCUCAUCUUCCCUCCCGAGUCAACUUUGCACCCUUCGGGGGACCGAACUUCUUCAUGUCAUGGAAGGUUUCCCGGGCUUGCGGCGGCGACCCUCGGAGACGGAGAGAGAGGACGCCUUGGCCCCCCAUGGCCAGCCCCGGCUGGAUCGCCAGGGUGCCCCCUGGAGAAACGCGGCGGGUUUCUGGCUGUUGGGCCUUUGUAAUAACUUCUCUUACGUGGUGAUGCUCAGUGCUGCACAUGACAUCCUUAGUCACCAGAGGGCGUCUGGGAACCAAAGCCAUGUAGAGCCAGGCCCCAUGCCCAGUCCCCACAACAACUCAUCUCGAUUUGACUGCAACUCAGUCUCCACUGCUGCGGUGCUCCUUGCAGACAUCCUCCCCACACUUGUCAUCAAGCUGCUGGCUCCUCUGGGUCUUCAUCUGCUGCCCUACAGCCCUCGUGUGCUCGUCUGUGGGGUGUGCGCUGCUGGAAGCUUCUUCCUAGUGGCCUUUUCUACUUCUGUGGUGAUCAGCCUAUGUGGUGUGGUCCUGGCCAGCAUCUCCUCAGGCCUCGGGGAGGUCACCUUCCUGGCACUCAGCGCCUACUACCCCAGGGCUGUGAUCUCCUGGUGGUCCUCAGGUACUGGGGGAGCAGGGUUGUUGGGGGCCUUGUCAUACCUGGGCCUUACCCAGGCUGGCCUGUCCCCUCAGCACACCCUCCUGUCCAUGCUGGGGGUUCCUGCGCUGCUGCUGCUCAGCUAUUUCUUAUUGCUCACGUAUCCGGAGCCCCGGGAACUGAAAGAGACUGAACAAGACGAGGAUGCAGAGACAGCUGCCCUGAUAAACAGUGAGACUCCAGAAUCUAAGCAAGGCUCCAGCUCAGACCUCUCCCUCCAGGAAAAGUGGACCGUGUUCAAGGGUCUGCUGCGGUACAUCAUCCCCUUGGUCCUGGUGUACUUCGCUGAGUAUUUCAUCAACCAGGGACUUUUUGAGCUCCUCUUCUUCCGGAACACAUCCCUGAGUCAUGCUCAGCAGUACCGUUGGUACCAGAUGCUGUACCAGGCUGGUGUCUUUGUUUCCCGAUCAUCUCUCCGCUGCUGUCGAAUCCGCUUCAUCUGGGUUCUAGCUCUGUUACAGUGCCUCAACCUGGCCUUCCUGCUGGCAGCUGUGUGUAUGAGCUUCCUACCAAGCAUCUACCUCGUCUUCCUGAUCAUUGUGUAUGAGGGGCUCCUGGGGGGUACAGCCUAUGUGAACACUUUCCACAACAUUGCACUAGAGACCAGCCCUGAGCACCGAGAGUUCGCCCUGGAGACCGCCUGUAUCUCUGACACCUUGGGGAUCUCCCUAUCUGGACUCCUGGCCCUCCCACUGCACAACUUCCUUUGCCAACUCUCCUGACACUCUGGUUCCAAAAUACACAGGACACAUUGACUUUGGAC